GGUGGUUGUGGUAUUGAUAACAAUGGCAAUCUUGUAAUUACUUGAAGAUGAUGAGGGUGAGAGAGUAAAGAUGUCAUUUUCGAAAAAAAAGGAAAAAAUUGAUGGUAUUUUCGUGAAUUAUAUGAACUUGCGGGUGAAUAGGGCAAAACCAAUUUUCAAAAAAAAAGAAGGUUAGUUUUGUGUUUGGCUUUAAGUUGUAGGUCAAUUUUGCAAAAAGCCUAUAAUCAAAGACAAUGUAUGCUUACGACUAAGCCACUCGGUUUCACAAAAGAACCGACUGACAAAUCAUCAUCCCAUACGGUCAAUUUCCACCAUUUAAUUUCUAGAACACACACAUACACCGACACCGACGAUUUCGCCGGUCUUGAUAGUUGAUAGUUCUACUAAUGUGUAAAAGAUCAUUUGAACAUUCCUACUUUGACACCUACACCUAACAAAUACAUUUUGAUAUUUUAAGUCAAUGCCGUACAAUUUAUUAGGUAACGUCUCUAGAAAUUCGUUAAAACAUUAUAUUCCCCGUACUUAUCCAAGUACAACGAUUUAAGAAUACCACUUUAAAUAAAAUAAAAUUUGGUCGACAGAAACUCUUAUGAACAGAAUAGAACAGUUAACUUCCCUACUUUUUAUCAUUCAUUAUCUAUCUAUUUUUUUUUAACAUAAUAAUAUUACACACAGUUUCUUUCUUUGUGUUUUACUUCCACUAACUCCUCUUGGCUCUUACCACGCGAUUGCCAUUUGCGACUAUCUUUCAUCGUUUAUGUUGGGGAUGGAUUUAACCCAUCCACAAAGUCCAUCGAACAAAGGGCUCAAUCCAGCGAACCGAGUCGACGUCGGCUCAGAAGCCGAUUCUCGAGGCUUCGGCUUAACCAGGGAAUGCUGCUAGUCAAAGCAGAGAGCAAACGAAUCGGGAUCCAUCGAUUAAGCGGCUCAGAGCGAGCAUCUCCUAGUCAGGCCCGAAAGGCCGACAAGGCCCAAUCGGUAAAAGGAGAUUAGGUUAAGGUAAUCGAACAGAGUAUAAAAGGAGAGGAAAGCAAAGGAGAAAGGCAUCGACACUUAGCUACACAAACUUAGCGGCGAGAUUAGGGUUUAUCAUCCGUAUAAUCAUCUCUCUGCUAUUUGUACUUUUCCGGUUUAAGCUCCCACGAGCUCCGGCUUGCUUUCACUUUCUCCACCUUUGUAACAUCAUCUCGAAAUCUAAUAAACGCCUCUGUUCGACCCAUUUUUAGUAUUGUUUACUUUAUCCGAGACCAAACUCACCUUAAACAAUUGGCGCCCACCGUGAAGCUCAACAGACCCAGCGUUUCUAGACCGAUAUGACCACCGGAGGUACGAACCCAGAUACCUCAGGAGAGGAGCCAGCGCUCACGCCUCCUCCGCCUCCUCCCCUCCUCUCGUCGGAGUUCAUGAGUUCAGUCAUAGCCCGACUUGCUCAUCAAGAAGAAGUUCAGAAGACGACGAAUGAUCAGCUCGCCGCCAUUGUCGCUGCUCUUAGCGCCUCCACCGGCAACUCACAACCGCUCCGUCGUUACCUCUUAAUUACAAACCCCCUACUCCGGCAGAAGGACGAGCGACGAACCCAGUCGAUCCUACUCUUCAACUCGCGGAAACCCUCGCCGCCGAGGCUCUUCCUAUGACGUCAGAUCCAUCGACGGUCCGAGAAAUCGCUGAGCUUAAACUAAAUUUCCAACAAAUGAGUUCGAGGAUCCACCAAGCAACGAGCGCAGUACCCGAGAUUGACAGCGUCAUCGCAUCAACAUCGCGUACUCCUUUCACCGAGGAACUGACGGAGGUUAAACUCCGAAAGAUGGACAAGUUGCGUCUCCCGGAAUACAAACCAGGAGGAGAUCCCGUCGAGCAUUUGACAGCUUUUAAUAUUGCGGUAGCGAGAGCCAGACUUGCCCCCGAUGAAAGAGACGCGGGAUACUGCCAACUUUUCAUUGAAACGCUCAACGAGCAAGCCUUAACCUGGUUCUCGGGACUCGAAGAGAAUUCAAUUAGAAGCUUCAAAGAGCUCUCCUCGGCGUUUCUCAAGACUUACAUCAUGUUCACCAAACGUGAAGCAACGGCUUCGACUCUCUGGAACCUCAAGCAAACGAAGGACCAGAAUCUUCGUGAUUACAUGGAACGGUUUAAAUCGGUCGUGUCAAGAAUCAACAUCCCAGACCACAUCGCCGUCGAUGCCUUGAGGAACAAUCUUCUUGUGGAAUGUAAGUUCCGAGAAGAUCUCUAUCGAUGCACCGCCACGACGUUGCAAGAUGCCGUUGCUCGUUCUCACAACUUCAUUCGUAUGGAAGAAAACACUAAAGCCAUCUUGAGCAAGCACAACUCGGCGAAGCAAUCAGCGCCUAAAAACGCUGCCACAGCUCACGUCGAACCUCGUCAACAUGCUCCAAGUGACAAAAACAACCGUAAGAACGGCCUCCUUUACGUCGUCGACGAAAACGGGAAGAAGUGGAACACCUUUCAUCGGGAAACCGAUCCUCCAAGUGAAUCCCCCCGAGCAACAGCACCAGCCAGGGUCGCCCAGGUCGAUUCGGCAGCAGGAUCUUCCCGAACCCCACCAGGGCUUACUAAAUCAUGCAAACUCCACGGUGUAAAAGGUCACGACACUUCAGAGUGCAAAACACUUUUUGCGCAAUUCCUCUCCUCACUUGAAAGCGGUGAAAUUAAGAUCCCUCCUCCGAAGCCAAAAAGCGAGAACAGUUGGAGCAGAAACAAGGACAGGAAGAAUCAGCGAAAAAAUCAAGCAAAACCGCGUCAAGACGACCAAAAGCCAAAGGUCGCCGAGCAAACCCCACAUCAAGACGACGGUGGUGACACCUCAGCUGACGAAGAUCCACCAUCAGCCAGACAAAGGAUUGAAGUUAUUCGCGCCCAACCAGAGUCCUCAUCAGACGAAGAGAGCGAUCUCGAGGAAGCCCUCGACCCGUUGGACUUACGUGUACUCCUCAAACGAAAGACCACGUCGACGAAUGACAAGACUCCCGGAUCUUCCGAUCUCCGAGUCGAGCUCAACGCUAAAAGAACUAAGCAUGCGCUGAUCCCAGGAUCUUCACUGGCAACUACGGACGGUAGUCCUAUCGUCGAUUUACGAGAUCAGCUUAACGCGCGAGUCGGCGAUCUGCGUGCAAAGCUGAACGACAAAAAAGCCGGGUCGCCGAAAGAAAGCGAAGACCUCCGAGCUCUCCUCACCAGAAAGAAAUCGAGUGUCAGGCCGCGGAUCAACGUGAUUAUGGGAGGAUCUCCACCUUGCGGGGAUUCCGUACGAGCGGUCAAAGAUAACCGACGAAUGGUGGACACUUCGCAGCGCUGGCCGCAGAAGUUCCCAACUGAUCUUCCAAUCUCCUUCUCAACUGAAGACCUCCUCGGAGUAAAUUUUCCUCACAACGAUCCUCUUCUCGUCGUUUUGGCUAUCGAUAAGUACGACGUCACCAAAGUGCUGAUCGAUACUGGCAGCUCGGUCGAUAUCAUUUUUCGCGAAACUCUCGUAAAAAUGGGAAUCGACCUAAAAGACGUGAAACCGUCUUCCAGGACUCUCACCGGCUUUAACGGCUCUUCCGAAGUAAUCAUGGGAACAAUCCGUCUCUCGGUACAAGCAGAGGGAGUAGCUCGGAUGGUCAAGUUCUCGGUAGUCAGCACCAAGGCUCCCUACCACGUGAUACUAGGCACCCCAUGGUUAUACUCCAUGCGAGCGAUCGCAUCAACGUACCAUCAGUGCGUCAAAUUCCCAGGAAUGGACGGUACGAUUAAGACAGUGAGAGGAGAUCAACGGGCCGCACGAGAUCUCUUAAUCGCCACGGUCAAACUACAGCGAUUUCAGUCGCUGGUCAACUCGAUCUCCCCGCCUAUAAGCAAGAUCUGCCCACAAAAAGAAGAGGUGCUCGAAGUCCCAGUCGACGAAUCAGAUCCAAGUAAAGUGCUACGAGUAGGCGCUUAUCUAUCAGACGAGAUGCAAAGAGAUAUCACGAAUUUCCUGAAGCAAAACUUGUUUACCUUUGCUUGGUCGAUGACUGACAUGCAGGGAAUCGACCCGUCCAUUACGACUCACGAGUUAAACGUAGACCCAAAUAUUAAGCCCAUCCGACAAAAGAGACGAAAGUUGGGUCCCGAAAGAUCCAAAGCAGUUGUUGAGGAAGUCGAGCGCUUACUAAGCGCGGGCUCGAUAGCAGAAGUUCGUUACCCGGAAUGGCUCGCUAACCCGGUGGUUGUCAAGAAGAAAAACGGCAAGUGGCGCAUGUGCGUCGAUUUUACCGACCUCAACAAAGCUUGCCCAAAAGACAGCUACCCGCUUCCAAACAUCGACAGGCUUGUCGAAUCAACUGCCGGCAAUGAAAUGCUCACGUUUAUGGACGCUUUCUCGGGAUACAACCAGAUCAUGAUGCAUCCUGAUGAUCGAGAGAAGACGUCGUUCAUAACCGAUCGAGGAACUUACUGCUACAAAGUAAUGCCCUUCGGGCUGAAGAACGCCGGUGCGACGUACCAGCGACUUGUCAACCGCAUGUUCGCUAAACAGCUCGGUACAACGAUGGAAGUCUACAUCGAUGACAUGCUCGUCAAAUCAGUCCGAGCAGACGACCACCUGGCACAUUUAAGGGAGUGUUUCGACAUCCUAAACGCGUACAAGAUGAAGCUAAACCCGGCCAAGUGCACCUUCGGCGUAUCGUCCGGAGAAUUCCUUGGCUACAUAGUGACGCAGCGGGGAAUCGAAGCGAACCCGAAGCAAAUAUCAGCCGUCCUUGAUCACCCCAGUCCGAGAAACUGCCGAGAAGUCCAGCGACUAAUAGGCCGAAUCGCAGCACUUAAUCGUUUCAUCUCCCGAUCCACCGAUAAAUGUCUCCCAUUCUACGAUCUCCUCCGAGGAAACAAAAAAUUCAUUUGGGACGAUAAAUGUGAGGAGGCUUUUAAUCAGCUCAAACAUUACCUGACGACGCCUCCUAACUUGGCUAAGCCAGACAUAGGCGACGUUUUAUCUCUCUACAUUGCGGUCUCGUCUGCCGCAGUCAGCAGCGUACUAAUCAAGGAAGACCGAGGAGAACAACGAUCUGUUUUCUACAUGAGCAGAAGGAUGACCGGACCAGAGACCCGGUACCCGACACUUGAAAAGAUGGCCCUGACCGUCGUCGAAUCAGCGAGGAAACUCCGCCCCUAUUUUCAGUCACACUCGGUAGAAGUUCUCACCGACCAGCCCGUCAGAACUGUCUUGCAGAACACUAACAGAGCUGGCCGCCUUACCGCCGCUAAGGCCCAAGUCCUCGCCGAUUUCCUCGUGGAGUUAUCUCCGGAACUUUCUCAGGAUUUGGAAACUUCGGAUUCAACCUGGAUCCUGCAUGUCGACGGUUCCUCGACAAACAAAGGCUCUGGAGCAGGAGUUCAACUUCAAUCUCCGUCAGGAGAACUCAUUCGACAGUCGUUCAGUUUUGGUUUCCCAGCGUCAAACAACGAGGCGGAGUAUGAGUCACUCAUCGCCGGCCUUCGCCUCGCCAAAGCAGUCAAGGCUAAGCGGCUCAGUGCAUACUGCGACUCGUAGCUCGUCGCCAGUCAGUUCAGCGGUGAUUACGAUGCGCGCAACGAUAGAAUGGACGCUUACCUCCGAGUCGUACAAUCGUUAGCUAAAGAGUUCGAAUUCUUCGAGCUCACAAAAGUUCCCCGCGGAGAAAACGUAUGUGCCGAUGCAUUAGCAGCACUCGGAAGCAAGCUCCGCGACCAAGUCAAAAGGACUAUUCCAAUCCAUCGAAUCGAGAAACCAAGUAUCGACAUCUCAACGGAGUCGGCUAACUUCGUCACCACGGAAUCCGAAACAACGUCUUUACCUGAGACCAACGAUGACUCCGAGAUGACAGACCAAGAUCAACUGAUACCAGACUGGAGGACUGAAUUCAUCCAGUAUAUCACCAAGGGCACGCUUCCCACUGAUAAAUGGGCCGCAAGACGAUUAAAGCGACGCAGCGCGCACUACGUCGUCAUGGAAGAAGAACUCCACCGGGUAACAGCUAACAAGGUUCUCCUCAAAUGCAUUUUCGCCGAGCAAACGCAGUUAGUAAUGGCAGAAACUCACGAAGGAGCAGGUGGAAACCACUCUGGAGGUCGGUCACUAGCUUUGAAAAUUCGGAACUUGGGAUUCUUCUGGCCAACUAUGAAUACCGACUGCGAAGCAUAUGCCCGGCGAUGCGACAAAUGCCAACGACACGCUCCGAGUAUCCACAGCCCAACCGAGCUACCGCGAACUUCCGCAGCCCCUUACCCAUUUAUGCGAUGGGGGAUGGAUAUCAUCGGACCAAUGCCGAAUUCUCGCCAACGUCGCUUCGUCCUGGUAUUGACCGACUACUUCACCAAAUGGAUUGAAGCAGAAGCCUUCUCGCAGGUUACAGAGAAGGAAGUUCGCGGUUUUGUUUGGAAGAACAUUAUCUGUCGCCACGGCCUGCCAUACGAGAUCGUGACGGAUAACGGAUCACAGUUUAUGGCCGGAAAUUUUAAAGAUUUCUGCAACAAGUGGAACAUCCGACUAAGCCCUUCAACGCCGAGGUACCCUCAAGGAAACGGACAAGCAGAAUCCUCGAAUAAGAUUAUCAUCGACGGAAUCAAGAAGCGCCUUGAUCUCAAAAAGGGACAUUGGGCCGACGAACUCGACGGCGUGCUCUGGUCGCAUCGGACAACCCCCCGAGGAGCAAAAAAAUCUACUCCCUUCCCACUCGCUUACGGGAUGGAGGCGAUGGCUCCGGCCGAGGUUAAUGUAACAAGUCUCCGCCGGUCCAAGAUGCCUCAGCACGUCGAGCUUAACCAAGAGAUGCUGCUAGAUGCCCUCGAUGGGCUAGAGGAGAAGCGCGACCAAGCCUUACUUCGGAUCCAGAAUUACCAAAACCAAAUCGAGAGCUACUACAACAAGAAGGUCCGCUCACGUCCUCUCGAGCUCGGUGAUCUGGUUAUGAGAAAAGUCUUCGAGAACACCAAAGAACCCAACGCUGGAAAACUCGGCGCGAAUUGGGAAGGACCAUAUAAGAUCACUCGAGUCGUCAAACCAGGAGUAUACCGCGGAGAAGCAGUCCCACGAGCUUGGAACUCCAUGCAUCUUCGUCGUUUUUACUCAUAAAACGAGUAACCUUUAAAAGCGAGAAAAAUGAUCUACAUCACCUUUUUACUCGCGCCAAAAAAAAAAAAAAAAAAAAAAAAAAAUGAGUAGAUGCACCCUACGGUCACUCCUACUCGUCCAAGUAAAUGACUACCAAGUCACUUUUACUUGGACAAAAACGAACUACGAAAGGCUUGAUCCUCCUCGGAGGUACGUAGGCAUCCCCUCUACGGGGUCCAGCCCCAACCUAACAAAAAA